CAGAUGUCAAUAUUACAUAGCAACCGCAUGUCAUUUUUGAUAUGUUAAAGUUAAAAUUUGUAGUUUGAUGCUUUUAAUUUUUAUAUGGUUAGUGUAAGAAAAUUUGAUGAAAAGUUUAUUUGGAAGCCCCUGCACAGGGGGCUUUCUUUUCCACAUUUGAUAAUGGAAAAACAUUCCCGUGGCAAAGGAAAAAACAAAAAAGCGGCACCGAAAGCGAAAACACCGAAGAAACGAACAAGCGAAGGAGUAUUGACUAAUAAAACAAUUAUACGUUCUAUUUUGAGGCCCAACCUGUUCCUUAUUCUUGGCUGAACUAACUAGAAAGCUGGCGUCCAAAAAGAAAGAAGAGGAGGAAAAGCCUAAGAACAUCAUCCAAACAAUAAUAGAAAGUAUCACAAACGCGUUACCCAUAAAGUUAUCAAGAAGGACGACUCCGCCCAAAAAGGAAUCGCCUAUGAAAAUUGAAACAUUACAAAAAUUUGCUCCUGAAUUGGUACCAAAGAAUACUGUUGAAAUAGUUUCGAUACCAAAUCAAGUUUUAGAAAUCGUAGAAGCAGAGAAAGCAGUGGAUAACGUUAUUUCUAUGACAGAAGUUUCAGUAACAGAAACGAUCGCGAAGAACUCUUCCUUCAAAAUUCCUAAAAUGCCAUUGGUUAACAGUGAAGUUCUUAAAAAUGCGAUCGAGAAAAGAAAGAAGUCUUUAAUGAAGGACGCGUCUAUGAAUACAAACACGGAUCACGAUAUUGCCGCUGAGUUGACUAAGCACGUUGGAACCCUGCGAAAGAUAUCUCUGAUAGCUGAAGAGUUUAAUAAAAAAACUGCGAAAAACUUGAAAGAAAUCGUUGAUAGCGUCCAAGAAGAAUUAAUACAGAAAUUAGAAGAAAUCAAAGCAAAACAAAAACCAGGAGCAGUACACAUAGAAACUGUGAGGGAAUAAAAAGAAAAAUAUCAACUUCAAGAAAGAAAAAUAAAAAAAUUAAAUCUGACAAAUUCAAAUAGUGACAGAAGAGCUUUGUCAAAAUGAAAUGAUGUUAAAAUUUUUAGUAAUAAACACACAAUAUUUUUGAUUUGUUAAAAAAUGUAUUUAUUUAGUUGUUAAUUUUAAAUGAACCAGAUUAAUUAGUAUGUUAUGAGUUAUGGCCGAAGUUUUAGAUAGAUUGAAAACCUCAAAAAAUGAUCAACGCUUUCCGAGGCAAAAACCAAACACACUUUAUGAUAGAAUUACGAAAAAUCUCAAUAAAUCGAGCCCCCAACCAACAUUUGCAACAAGCAAGCUACCGAAGAUCGUGAAACCACCUGCUUCGUAUGCCUCCGAUAAAAACAUAAGAACAAAAGAAAAAGUAGAUGCAGGAGACAAUUUUGCUGGGACCAGUAAGCGAAUGGGCUCACAGAAAUCCAACAAAAAUUACAAACUCGAAAAAUCAAAACCAAGUCAUAUACCGCGACGACUACAAGAAGCGACGGCUAAAAGGAAUUCAAUAAACACAGAAGACAUUCCUAGUUUUGAGCAAACCGAAGAGAAAACACUCGCUGAAAUAAAAAACAUUCAAAGGGUUCAACUUUUGAUCAAUACAGAUCUUUGCGAAGAAGACGAACGAACGAAUCUCUUUGUACCGGCUAGGCCUAUACCUACUUUGGGACAGAUUUAUGGAGCAAACAACGUGAUUGAUAACGAUCUGUUGGACGACUGGCUUAUAUCAAUAGGACCUCCUGUGAAUUCAUUAGAAGCUAGUCUCAGAAAUAUAAAUCUUCCAACUACAGUGGAUGCUGGAAAUACGAACAUGUGUGGAGCAGACGAGCAAGAUAUAUCAAACAAUAAUAGAACUUCCUCGCGCAGGCGAACUGGCGUAAGAACACAAGAUGAUUUCAACGACUUGACGAAUUCGGAAGUGGAAUAUCCCACUAGAGAUUAUGAAUCUGCUGUAAUUACAGUUAAUAAACAAUCCCCUGUAGAAGCAAAAUCAACACGUAGUGAAAGGAUUAUACCAGUAGCUGUAGAACAAAAAUUUAAAUUAUCUAUUGAAGAUGAAAUCAAAAUACCAAAAGAAAACAUAAAAAUGCUGGUCAAAGAAAAUCAAGUCACGGUUGAUUCGUAUAUUGAGCACCCUUCGGAGUUGCUUCAGAAGACUACCACAUUUGGUAAAGAAGGUUGCGAAUCGACAAGAACCCUUAGCAGUAUUGGAACAGAUUUAGCUGACGAUUUAUCAAGUCGAUAUACUUUAGAACAUGCGGAGGAUGUUCUAGAUGAACAUUCUCUAGACGAUUGGGAUGCAAAUGGUAAAGAGAGGAAUUUCAUUUUGCUGAAGACGAAAGGUUGUUUAGGUACUGAAGUGCUAUCUGAAUAUUGGCAAUAUCAAUGGGAAAAAGAAUUCAGUGGAGUAAGCUUAAUGCCGAAUUCAGAGAGCUCUCGUACCUAUCGCUGUUAUAAAUGCGGUCAACGAAUCAGGCGGAAGAGAUGUGGAAAAAAACAGGACAAUGACAUUCGGAAACGAUGCAAGAAGUGUAACAGCAGCAAACUGUUGCUGAGUGGCCCAGUCAAACUUUCUAGCCGUUUCGACUCCAUAAGAAAGCAAAUUUCAAUACGCUUUUGUAGAAAAAGAUGGAACCACGUCUGGAAAAAGACGGCUGAGAGAUGGGCAUUGUGGUCCAAAUCGCCAACAAAAUCUAACCGAGCUCGACUGGCUCAAUACUUGCAGCGUUCAAUCGUUUGGGAAAACGCCGAUGUGCAGACAACAAUACAAUGCAAAGAAAUCGGUAUCGAAGCGUUUGUAAAGAAAGUUUCUGAGGCGAUCAGCGCUGUCGUGAAAUGUGGCGACAAAUCGACCGAACACAUAGGAUCUACAUACGAAAAUCUGAAGAGCGUGGCACGUGAUAAUAGAUCAAGAAUUAACUUGGGACCUUCUAUGUUUCCAUUCCUCGGUGCAUCGAUAAAUUCUCUGCAUUUAGAGCGCAUCAAACAGCGUCACAAUUUACAUUAUCCAAGCGCUCCUGAUACUAGAAUAAAACAACAAAUUUCUCAGGUUGAUGCUAUAUACGACGUAGUCCGCAGUGGUCAAAAUAUAAAGCACAAGGAUAACACAUUGAGUUCUGAUUGUUUAGAAACGACGACAUCCAAAGAAGAGAACUUCCACAAUUACAUUAUUUGCGAAAACACAGAAACGGACCUUAGAUUCAGUCCCGAUUCACCGACGCAAUCCAGUAUGGGGACUACAACAAGCGGCACUCCACUCGACAGAGCUUUCGGGACCAACACCGAAUACUCUGUUGAUGCAAAAACGAUUGUUUUACAAACUGCUUGCGUAAUGACAUCCCGUGAAGAACUAAAGAAUAAUGUCAAUGCAGAAACUCAGUUAAAAUUCCCGACCGCAAUUAAAAUAACAAGAGGCGUAACGACCACAAAGGAAAUUACCGAAACGCCUCUAGCUGUUGUUUCCGCAACCACGUCCGACUUUAAAGUCGAAAAAAUGAACGCAUCCGCACAAACCUCACACCCUCUUUCUGUCCUCACUUAUGCAGGCCCAAAACUCAUCUCGAUUUCGUCUGCAACAAUGCACACAGCUUCGGUUUCGACUUCAAUGAAGAACUUUUCAAAUAAAGAAAUCCAAACAUGUAACGACAAGACUAAUCGUGACUGCAAUACGUCAUCAUCACGACGAUUUGAGAAGAAAUGCACGGAAGCUUUCAAAGACGUCGAGCCAUUCUCAUCGACGCGCUUUUGUCAGAGUCGGCUUAUAUCUGCGUGUAUGCUGAAUCGAUCUCUGCACGAAACUGGCUUGCAAACUGCUCCCGAGUCGUAUGGAUGCGGUAUAUUUGUUGAAAGUAGGAGCAUAGCAACGCUAACAACUACCGCGGGUACCUCCAGAUCAACACAGUAUCAAUUUUUCCCGGAUGAAUACGAUUCUUAUCAAGACGAAUGUCCUUCGCGAACAUCUGAACGGGAAGUUCAAAGGAACGCGCGGAUAAAAGGCGGUUGCACACGAGAAAUUCUCGAAAGAAGCGCUCGAGAAAAAAUCAAUGAUCAAAUUGUGUCUCUAUCGAAAUUGAUUAGCAGAAGAAAAGCGAGCUCUCAGACGCAUCCAGACUGUCGCACAAGUAUGGUACUGUCCAGUGAUUUGAAUGCCGAAAAGUGGAUAAGAAGAGGCGCAGCUUUUGAGAAAGAAUACCCAACGUUUAUAAAAUGCAAUCAAUCGUUCACCAACGGUAAUGAAGCUCCAACGAAAUUGUCUGUUGAAAAUGUAAUUGACGAAACGGAAAACGAAAUUAAGAAGCGGGAUCUAAGCUUUGUGAUAACAACUGCACCGACCUUGGCAAUGUCGAGAGACAGCUUGGCUGAUGUCCUUCCUGUACAGGAUCUAGUAAGAAAAUCUCCGUCUCCAGUCGCUAAGGAACGAAUAUUAAUGGUUGAUGAAGUCACUUCAGAUGACACCAUAAAUAAAUCUGCAAAAGAUAUUGUCUUGCAAGCAAAACCAGAAGUCACAGAUGCUGAAACUCAGUUCGUGAAGAAAACUGAUUCCGCUUGUGUUUCAACGUCAAGAUGUGUAUUCGCUGGUUCUACGUGCUGUGAACGAAACGAUUGUCUAUUUGUUUAUCGCAAGCCACGCUGCGUCAUACAUGAUAAAUCCAAUGAUACCGGAGUUCAAAUCAACAUUUUAUCAGCAGAACAUUCGAAAGAAUCUCUUCCAAACCAUCGGUCAGUUGGCUUAGUGACUUCAAAUGUUAAUGAAACGGAUAACAGUUUGGGAUGGUCCGAAAGCCUCAAACGAAAUGUCCUCCCACCGAGAGUUUACAAAGCAUUGUAUGAGACAGCGAAAUUAAUCUGGAACGAGGAGCCAAACGAUUCGAGCGGUGAAACGAAAAAGAAACUAUCGACAAAAACACUCGACGUUGCGUAUGAGUCAUCAUUGAAGAAACGUGCACUGAAAACGCGAUCCGCUUGUGUUUACACUUCACUCAUCGAUCACUUCUUUAUGCAGAGGGAUUGUCUGGAUCACUCGACCGAUAUGCAAUCGAAUUUCAUCGUAAGACCUGCAAGGAAUAAGACAACACAAACAUGUUCCGAAUGCAAAGUGAAAAUUUUGAACGAUAACAUUAAGUCUGCGCCAUCUAACGGAGCAUUUCCGUACGAAUUGCUGAAUGCGGUGUUCAUUGAAGCCUGCACUAUGAAGCCAAGCGGCCGCCGAGAAAUAGCCUGUCAGACCAACGAAAAAGCUGAAAGAUUGGACAAAAUUGCUUUACAAUGUAUUUUGUCGCCUGCACCUAGUUUGACUGACAUUUGUAAGAGCGACAAACAACAUUUGAAAGCGGUGUACAAUAUUUUGAGCGCCAUCGAAGGUAGAAUAAGGAGAAUGAGAGCAAAUUUAUAGUGUACUUAGUUUUAAUGAUUUCUAAUAGAUGGCGCUUUACUAAAGAAAAUGUUUUAUCUUUCCAUUAGAAGGCGCUUUACUAAAAAAUGCUUUGUCCUGAGUUUAAUUAAAAAAAUAAAACAAUAUCAGACGUUUCGUAA